AUGGUUGUAAUCACUGAAACUUCCGACGACGUUAAUGGCGGCGAUCGAGGUCCAAACAAGAACUCGCAACAACUCCAUAAUAAACGGAAAAAAGUCGAGAAAAAGACUUCUUUCCACAUUCCAGACGGAGUCACCGAAAUAAUCUUCGCAUGGGUUAGGAGACGUGGUCACCCUGUUCUAUCUCUCGUCUCCAAGGCCUUUGGUGGCCUCAUCAAUACUCCGAGAUUCUACGACUUGCGCUUGCGCCUUGGCGCUACCGAACCCGUCCUUUACGCUUGCGUGGGACCCACUCCUUGGUUCAGAGGCCCUAAGUGGUGUAUCCUAAUUAAGAAACCCUACAGAAACUUGACGGACACGGUUUCUCUGCGAUUGCAUGAAAUCCCCUCACUCCCUCCAAUGCCUUGGGGAUCUGCUGUGGUCACAGUCGGGCACGAGAUGUAUGUGAUCGGUGGAUGCAUUGGCCUGACCCGCACAAAUGUUGUGUAUGUCAUCGACUGCAGAUUCCACACGUGUCGCAUCCUCUUCGGUAUGCGAGUGGCUCGUUACCGCGCAGCGGCCGGAGUGUUCGACGGGAAGAUAUACGUGGUUGGAGGAUGUGAGAUGCGAGCUAUGGAUUGGGUGGAAAUAUACGAUCUAAAAGGUAAGUUUUGGAUUGGAAGCAGGUGGACAAAUGGCAUACCACUUAACGUGAGUUGCAAGUUUGUGACAUACGCGGUUAUGGAGAAGCAAAUAUACAUAUUGGGUGACAGAAUGUGUUAUAUUUACACUCCUGGAGGACAAGGAGGUUCAUUGGAGUACGUGAUGCCAGGAGAAUUUAUGAGUUUUUUGUGGCAAGAGUCGUCUUGUGUGAUUGAUGGUUUGUUGUAUUCCAUUAAUCUUCCUCAACGGGGGAUUGAUGCAUCUCCAAUAAUCGUUUAUGAUCCAAAGCAGAAGACUUGGAGACCCUUGACUGGUUUACAAGGUUUUCCGGCUAAUAUCCAUCUCCGCUCCUCUAAAAUGGCGAAUUUUGGUGGGAAGUUGGUGAUUCUGGGAACCGAUGAGUAUUGGUAUAAUUGGAAUAAAGGGAAAAGAGAGAUUUGGUGCGUAGAGAUCACUUUGGAAAGAAGUCAUGGAGGUGAGGUUUCGGGGAAGGUCGAAUCAGUAGCGGUUGUGCGUACAGUCCCAGAGUCAUUGGCUUCAAUUGAUGUUUGUGGAACUGCUAAUGUAUGA